CACCACCACCAUUCCCACUACCAACUCCACUACCACUGCUGCUGUCUCGGCAACCCUCUGAGUCUCACUCCGCUGUCGACAUUCCCCGGAUUCCCGCCGUCAACCUUCCCGUCGUCCCGUCAGCGUCAAUGCGGGGGAUGCUGUCUCGGUCAAGUCAAUCUGGUCUUGACGGAGUUUCGUAUCCUAGACCUCCGAGGAUAUCCUUCGCCUCCACCUCCAAAUAGUAACGGCACCUCCCAAAUCCAUACAGUCUCUCAUUUCUCGCGCGGGCUCGUGCCAGUCGCCGUACUUAGACGGAUCAAGUCAUCUCAUUCACAUCGCCGCUCAAGGCAUGUUUAUACUGUCUCCCGGCGCUGCUCUCCACCAAGAGUAGCAAACGCUGGUGAGGCUGGUUGCCGACAUAAACACAUCGCUUUCUUUCAUAUAUAGUCGCCAUCAUGGAUCAGAAUAGGACAGAGGCGCAGAAUGGCCAGAAUACGCCCCUACCUGGCCCCUUCGGCUAUUCCUUCCUCUCCCCCAUGGAUACACCAUACGAACCCGCUCCUGCCCCGCCCCCAGGACCAGCCAUCUUGGAUGAUAAUGAAUCGACUAUGCUCGAUAACUUCUUUACCACGAUGAACUCUAAUCACAUGUCCAGCGAUUUCUGGCUACCCGGUCAAUCAAAUAAAUCCCUCGGGGCGACCGAUUUUGGCUGGCCUGACGACCUGCCUCCAACCUUUGAAGGCUCCACAACCUCGCUUUCACAACCAGCACUUUCCCAUCGUGGCAUGGAGAAAACUGGCAUGGAUAUGAUGGCUCACUCGGACAUAUUUGCGGCCGCAUCCAUGCUGUACCAUAAUGGGAUGAACGGGCCCGAUUUCAACCCUAACUUUGGACAUCACUCAUUUUCUGCACCAGACAUAGACUACAACAACCUCAGAAUGGAUAGUCGCGGCAAGGUUCAGCUGCAUCAUAAUCACGGGCCUUUAAAACAGGCCAACACAUCCCCCCGUGCGCGCGCACCCGUGGGGUUUCAUACUUCAGAGAUGCUCUUCGAUGUGCAUGAGCCGAUAUCCCCUGAGCAGCAAGCCACUGCGAAGGUUCGCCCACUUCAUUGGGGAUCGGAUGUCAGCUUCAUGGAUCAGGGAUAUAUCGCGCCUCCCGAUCAGCCAAACGAAGAGGACCGGACGAAGGAGCUGCUCGGCCACCUGGUCUGUUUCGAGACCCAAUCCAGUACCGCUAACACCCGUGCACCCAGCCCUGUCCGCAUAACGGGUAGCUAUGACGGAGCUUGGGCGGACGCGGAUGCGGCGGGGCAACUCAACAGCCUACGGAGGGGAUAUAGGGAAAGUAUGGAAGAGGUAUCCCAGCCGAAAAAGAAACAGAGAGUCUUUGUGAAAGAGGAAGAUGACGAAAACUCCUCCGACGAAGCUUCAAGGCAGAGGUUGAAGAAACCCAAGGCCUCGUCAAGGCGACUGUCACAUGAUGCCGUCCGGAAACCGAGGCUGUCCCAGGGUCCGAAAGCAGCACGUGAGAAUCUGACGGAAGAUCAGAAGAGGAAUAAUCAUAUAAUUUCCGAGCAAAAGCGACGAAAUCUCAUUAAGGAGGGGUUUGAGGACUUGUGCAGGCUUGUUCCCGGCUUAAAAGGGGGCGGGUUUAGCAAAAGUGCUAUGCUCACUCAGGCCGCUGACUGGCUGGAGGAGAUACUACAUGGGAAUGAUCUCCUCAAAAAGCAGCUGCAGGAUGUGAAGGCCAUGAAUAUGAAUGGCCUAGUGAUGCCUCGGUAAACAUCUCGAUUUGUGCGAUCAUGACACCCCCUUUCCUCCCUCCUAGCCCCCCACUCUUAUAUCGGGACAGUUUAGCGGUCUUCUGGCAAGAUGUGCAUCACAGCCGAAAAUGCAGGGGGUUCGAUCUUGACGGCCACCUGUCUUGUUUAUUCUGCAUAUGAAAUUUUUGAUGCCCCAAUUUGUGGCUCAUUAUAAUCUUCUUUCCCUUCUUGUGACACCUCUUCAUAAUACCCACUUGGUCUGGCUGUAAUAGGUUUCUUAAAAUACCACACGGAGACUUGCUGUCGUACUUAUCUC